AUCUUGAUGGAAAAAAGGAACCUGUUUGACACUAUGAAAAAAGUUGGAGUUAUUGGACUGUUACUGCUGCCACAGGCAAAAUCAUCAUCAGGUUGUCAUCCUCAUGUUAAUCUUGUGAAAGAGGAGGAAAAGUGCAUGAAAGAAGUGAUACUCUUUAAGUCACACAAAGCAACAGAAAACAAUAUCAGCGUACACUGUAAGGGAAUGUGGGAUGACCUGAACUGCUGGCCACCUGCUUCUCUCGGGGAAACGGUCUCUCAACCAUGUCCAGAGUUUUUCAACUCAGAAGGGACAGUACAUCGCAACUGCACUGCCAGUGGCUGGACAGACCCACUCGUCCCACAUGAAGAUGCAUGUGGCUACACCUUCAAUGAGACACUCCACUUUCUUGGAGAGUCCUCAGAUUCCCAUUUGUACUUCUCCUAUGUGAAGACCAUGUACACAGCUGGAUACACACUGUCCCUCAUCUCUCUCACCGUUGCCAUCACCAUUUUCUGUCUGUUUAGGAAGCUGCACUGCACCAGGAACUACAUCCACAUCCAGCUGUUCAUCUCCUUCAUCCUGAGAGCCGUCUUCAUCUUCAUCAGAGACUCUCUGCUGUUUACUAAUGAAGAGCUGUACCACUGUGACUAUUACCCAGUGGCGUGUAAGGUUGUUCUGAUGUUUUCCAACUACUCCAUCCUGGCAAACUACAGCUGGCUGCUGGUGGAGGGUCACUUCCUCUUCACCCUGGUGAGCCGCUCCUUCUUCUCCCUGAAGAAACACCUCGCCUGGUACAUCGUCCUGAGCUGGGGUUUGCCAUUGAUUGUUAUUGUCUCCUGGGGGUGUGCCAAGUAUUUUUAUGAAGACGAAGGCUGUUGGGAAACCAGAAGCCACGAAUGGAUUUGGUGGAUACUUCGAGUGCCAGUUCUCCUAACUAUAUCUAUGAACCUCAUCUUUUUCUUGGGCAUUCUGAGGAUUCUGGUGAACAAACUGAGAAUGCCAGAUGCUCAGAGGAAUGAAUUCAGCCAGUAUAAGAGGCUGAUCAAAUCCACGUUUUUUCUGGUGGCUCUGUUUGGUCUGCAUUACAUCCUCUUUGUUUUCUUACCUGUUGAAGUCAGCAGCUUGGUGUUUAAGAUUUGGACCUUUGCAGAGCUGGCUCUGUCAUCCACACAGGGUUUUGUGGUUGCUGUCCUUUACUGCUUCAUGAAUGGAGAGGUGCAACAUGAGAUUCAGAGGAGGUGGAGGAGGUGGAGGCUCACUCAGCACUUGCCCAGUCGGCCCAGGCAGCAUCACGGCUCCAUCAGCCACAGUGGGUCUCCUCACACACAGGUCUCCCUGCUGCCUUGCUCUCCGGGCAGCCCGACAGCCGGUGGACUCCCUGUUGAUACUGUGGAGAUGUGAUUCAAGAUGGAAUUGGCUCAUUUUCUCUCAUCCAUACAUAAUGAACCUUGGCUUCG